CAGCAUCGUCGAUUGAACGUAUGUUUUCUUGUUCUUGGGUUGGGCAAUUUUUCAAAUCCUUUUGAUUCUCUUGAAAGAACAUUAAUAGCACAGUUUUGACACUGGUCUAAACUUCCCCUGUGAUGGCCGUCAACAAGUACACCGAUAUAAUAGUGGAGAUCAAGGGACAGAUUGGCAUCAUCAAGUUAAAUCGUCCAAAAGCUCUCAAUUCAUUCGGAGGCAAUCUGAUUCCCGAAUGCGUUGCCGCAUUUCGAGAGUUGAACGCUCAUCCUGAUACUGUCUUCACAGUCUUGACUGGAGAAGGUCGCUUCUUCUCUGCGGGAGCAGAUGUAAAAGCGGUCGCGUCAAAGAAGGCACCUGUCUACAAGAACGAUGCAGAGAAGAAACUAUCAUUUCUCAUGACGGGAAUCACUAUGCCAGCUUUCGAACUGAUGCGAUCCAUCAUUGAUCAUAAGAAGGUCUUUGUCCUGGCGUUGAAUGGUCCUGCCGUGGGCGGAGGCGCCGCUUGGUUCGAAGGUCUCUCCGAUAUUUGCAUCGCCUCGGACGACUGCUGGCUUCAGGUCCCCUUCUCUGCCCUUGGACUUGUUCCAGAGUUCGGUUCCGCAAUCAACUGGGCACAGUCUGUUGGUAUCCACCGUGCGAAUGAGUACCUUAUGUUUGGACGCAAGAUUGAAGCAAAGGAAAUGAAAGAAUGGGGAAUGAUCUCUGAAAUUUUUCCUAAGGAAGGCUUUCACGAUAGGGUCGUGAAGUACCUAGAGGAACAGCUCGCGGUUAACGAUGGCAAGAGCAUGAUGGAAGUAAAGAGACUUCAAAAUGCUCCUCUGCGAGAUGCGAGGUUGAUCGCUGUGGUGAAUGCCGUCGACGCAUUGGCGGAGAGGUUCGUCGAGGAUGCCCCGAAGGCGCGGUUCGAGGCCAAACGAAGAGAACUGGAGGCAAAGAGCAAAGGAGUCUCCAAGCUAUAGCAUUGCUGAAUAUUCAUGUACUGAGUGCAUACUGCUGACUAAAAAUGGCCUUUAUUCAUGCUGAUUUUAACUAUGCAAAAUAGAUCGACUCUUUACAUUUUG